AAUUUGUAGUCAUAUACCUAUUAUAAUUAUGUUGCGAAUUUCAAGUAUUUCACAGAAUCGUACGAUUAGAUCGUAGAUGCGGUAAUAAUGACAAAGCAUUUAGUAGUCCUGUUGGCAUAUGUGGUUGCGUUGGAAGCCGCCCGCUAUGGUGAUUACACGGGGGUUCGGAUGCCGCAAUACAACAUAGAAUAUGAAAACAAAGAACCGGCACCUUUAUCAGAUGAAUAUUCAGACCACUCACCUGAUGCAGCGGCUUCUUUUGAUUAUAAGUAUGAAGAAGAACCUCAAGAAAAAAUCGGGACUACAGACGAAGAUCAGCUAUGGCAAAAGAUGAGUAAAAAGAGGAAAAGGCCAUUAAAAGUACCACGUGAUAAAAUAGAAAUUGAUGAAAGUGACCUCGACACUAUUCCCAAGUUUAAACCGAACCAUCGUUUCCCUAAGCACCGGACCCGUAUCAAAGACUUACACAAUGAAAAUGACAGGCGACUUUUUAAAUAUCAUCGAAGUCGUAACGAUGAAAUCGAGGAUUUAGAUAUUAAAGACGAGCAUAAAAUAAAUAAGUAUCGAUCGAAAAACGAUAAUAGAAUAGAUUUAAAGAAUUUUGAUUUUAGAGUUACGACAAGGAGAAUAGCAAGAAGAAAACCACGUGACAGAACAAUAAAUCGUGAAGUAUUAGAAAGAGAUGACCCACCAGAUUUUCGAGUAAUGGAAAACGAAGAGGAUCCGGUAGAUAAUGAUUAUGAUAAAGUAAAACGUCUACAGACGACGAUGGAAAGGCCUCGUGGACCUAUUCCUGGUUUGAUUAAAAGUAAUCUAAAGAACUUACAAGAAUAUGAUGAGUAUUAUGAUAUGAAAAGAGUCAAUAGCAUAAAAAAUAAGUUACCAAGCAUCUUUCGCCAGACUAAAGCAUCAACAAUCAUCACGGAGCCACCGAGUACUCGCCAAUUCCAAGAUUUAAGUUACCGACGUGCUAACAUACCUGCAAAGCUCGAGACCGAGGUUGUAACCGCAGCCAUACUGACUGACUCAAUAGCAACGCCAAAUUUAGCCGAGAUAACGUUGCAAGCAAUAGCAUCACCAGAAUCACCUAUUUCGAUGAGUUCCACGGAUUUAUCUUUGGCGGAGAAGUCUAGGCUGUCCAUCCUCAAAAAGGCCCAAAGAAAGGAUAACUUAGGAAAUAUAACGCGGACUACAAAGCCCCCGGUUCUUAUGCAGGUGACGCAGCAGAUGAACACAUUGGUGAUGGUUGAACAUCCGAAGAAAGAUGUAUUAUUUCGCGCCCGUGCAGUUUUUGAUGACUCACCUGAAAGAAUCGCUCGUGCAAAGACUUUAAUGCGUCGCAAAUUGGUCUCUGGAGCAAGGAGAAUCGAAGACCUGAUUGAUAAUUGGGACGAGAUGGUUUGUGAUUAUAUUGAUGUGUCUCUAUUGGACAAUGGCGAUGUACAUCACGUGUCCUUCGAUCUUAAAAUAAUCUUGCUAAGUGUAAUUAUCUGUUUAAUUAGUAAAGAUCUUGUUUAAAUAAAUA